UCCGAGGGGCACUCGCGGUGAGCUGAGAGCCUAGCGAUGGAUAAGGACCCAGCCAGCCGGGUUUCUGAGGAGGAGGAAGAGGAGGGUUCAGAGGGUAGGGGGGCGGAAGCCCCAGUGAGCACCGAGUCCUGGCCCAGGGUCGACCUGGAGGAAUGGGAGUGGCGGAGCCUGUUGAGAACUGAGGUGGCCGGUCAGGGGAGCCGGGAGGCGGCGGGUCCCGCGGGGGCCGCCCCAGAGGAGCGACGGGAGGCGGGCCUCGGGGUGGCUCCGGAGGCGGCGGAGCCGGAGUCGGCGAGCUCCGACGGCCCCAGCGGAGAGGAGGCGGCGGGCGUAGAGCCCGGGUCGCCGAGGGGCGGGGAGAUGGCGGCCCAGGAGGACUGGAGGCGGGCAGAGGGGCGGAGAGAGAGCGAAGGAGCGCUCGGGAAAGGCCCGCAACGGGAGGUCAGUAGUGGAAAGAGCCCGGACCGGCGCAGCCAGGGGGAGAAGCAGGGCAAGCUCCGGGACAGGUACUGGGAGGCCUACUGGGAAAGGGGCAGGGAGCGCUACCGGCAGAAGAAAUCGAAGCGCAGGCCCAAGGGCGCGGGGCAGGUGCAGGGGGGCAAGGUCGAGUGGAAGUACCAGCUGGAGAGGAAGUCCAACUGGCUGCAGAGCACGGGAUUCGUGGAGUCUGUGGAGGAGGACAAGUCCUCGCCCUGCAGGGAGAGUCCCGACAUCUUCAAGGUCCGGGUGUCGGACGCGCAGUUCCGGCAGCCGGCAAUCAGAUUCAGUAUCCGCCCCACGCCUUCUCGUCGCCUGUCGCAGCGGCCGGUUGGGAGCUGCCUCUCCGGCCUCAGUGUCAUGAACGAGCUAGCGAAGAUGGGUGACCCGAACCUCCUGGAGAUGGUGCAGGAGGAAGGGAGAGCAGUUACUAGAGAAAUAGAUCCCAGUCUACAAACAACAGAGAGCAUGAGUAGCAGAGAGACCAAUUUACUCAUCAAUGAAGAAUCAAUGCCUGCAAAACGGUACAAUUUGUUCCUGCGGCGGCGUCUUAUGUUUCAAAAAAAUGAGCAAAGCAAAGAUUCUAUCUUCUUUCGAGAUGGGAUUAGGCAAAUUGAUUUUGUACUUUCCUAUGUUGAUGACUUAAGGAAAGAUGCGGAAAUAAAAGCGGAAAGAAGAAAAGAAUUUGAGCAAAAUCUCCGAAAAUCAGGUCUUGAAUUGGAAAUUGAAGACAAGAGGGACUCUGAAGAUGGAAGGACUUACUUUGUCAAGAUCCAUGCUCCUUGGGAGGUAUUAGUUACUUAUGCUGAAGUAUUGGGAAUCAAAAUGCCUAUUAAGGAGAGUGAUGUUCCCCGAAAUGAGGACACUCCAUUGACCUAUAUGCUUUCGGCUGUGAAACUUCCAGCGAGUGUGAAGUAUCCUCAUCCUGAAUAUUUCACUGCCCAGUUCAGCAGACAUCGUCAAGAGCUCUUCCUCAUUGAUGAUCCAUCAACUUUCUUUCCAUCCUCGGCAAGAAACAGAAUUGUUUACUAUAUUCUUUCACGGUGCCCUUUUGGCAUAGAAGAUGGGAAGAAAAGGUUUGGGAUUGAAAGACUGCUAAAUUCUAGCACUUACUUAGCUGCCUACCCCCUCCAUGAUGGCCAAUAUUGGAAGCCAUCAGAACCUCCCAAUCCUGUCAAUGAAAGGUAUACACUUCACCAGAACUGGGCACGUUUUUCCUUUUUUUACAAAGAACAACCUUUAGAUUUGAUAAGGAAUUAUUUUGGAGAAAAAAUUGGUAUCUAUUUUGCCUUUCUUGGAUUUUACACAGAAAUGCUAUUCAUUGCAGCUGUAGUUGGCUUAGCUUGUUUCUUUUAUGGCUUAAUGUCAAUGCAAGAAAACCUAAGUAGCAUUGAAAUCUGUGACCCAGAGAUUGGAGGUAAGCUGAUCAUGUGUCCUCUCUGUGACACAUUGUGUGAUUUUUGGAGACUAAAUUCUACAUGCUUGGCAUCAAAGUUUUCCCAUUUAUUUGAUAACGAGUCAACAGUGUUCUUUGCAAUAUUCAUGGGAAUUUGGGUCACACUAUUUUUGGAGUUUUGGAAACAGCGACAAGCCACAUUGGAAUACCAGUGGGACUUGGUGGACUUUGAGGAGGAACAGCAACAGCUUCAACUGAGACCUGAAUUUGAAGCUAUGUGUAAACACAGAAAAAUGAAUACAGUGACCAAGGAGAUGGAACCUCAUAUGCCUCUAUGGAAUCGUAUACCAUGGUAUGUUUUAUCGGGAGCCACAGUGACGUUAUGGAUGACUCUUGUCGUCGCCUGUAUGGUAGCUGUAAUUGUGUACCGCCUGUCAGUCUUUGCUACAUUUGCUAGUUUUAUUCAAAGUGAAGCAUCCUUACAGCCUGUCAGAAGUUUUCUUACUCCCCAGUUAACCACAGCACUCACAGGAUCAUGCUUGAACUUUAUUGUCAUCUUGAUCUUGAAUUUCUUUUAUGAAAAGAUAUCUGCCUGGAUUACAAAAAUGGAGAUUCCUCGAACUUACCAGGAGUACGAGAGCAGUCUGACCUUGAAAAUGUUCCUGUUUCAGUUUGUAAAUUAUUACUCAUCCUGCUUCUACGUGGCUUUCUUUAAAGGGAAGUUUGUGGGUUAUCCUGGACAAUACACAUAUUUGUUUAAAACUUGGAGAAGUGAAGAGUGUGAUCCUGGAGGCUGUCUAAUCGAACUGACGACUCAGUUGACCAUCAUAAUGACUGGGAAACAGAUUUGUGGAAACAUUAAAGAAGCAAUUUUCCCCUUGAUUUUGAAUUGGUGGAGACGCCGAAAAUCUCGCACCAACUCAGAAAAACUAUACAGCCGAUGGGAGCAAGAUCAUGACCUUGAAAGUUUUGGCCACCUUGGGUUAUUCUAUGAAUACUUAGAAACAGUUAUCCAGUUUGGAUUUGUCACACUAUUUGUGGCUUCUUUUACUUUGGCUCCUCUUCUUGCUCUUAUGAAUAAUAUUAUAGCAAUCCGAGUAGAUGCCUGGAAGCUUACUACUCAGUACAGGAGACCUGUAGCUGCUAAAGCUCAUAGCAUAGGUGUUUGGCAAGAUAUUCUAUUUGGAAUGGCUGUUCUUUCUGUUGCAACUAAUGCUUUCAUUGUUGCAUUUACGUCGGACAUCAUUCCCCGUGUUGUCUACCACUAUGCUUAUUCAAUAAAUAUCACUCAUCCUUUACAAGGAUAUGUCAAUAACAGUUUGUCCAUAUUCCUGACAGCUGAUUUCCCAAAUCACACUUUACCUGUGGAUAAACGAGACUUCACCACUUGCAGGUAUAGAGAUUACAGACAUCCCCCUGAUCACACAGAUAAAUAUCUUCAUAAUAAGCAAUUCUGGCAUGUCCUUGCUGCCAAGAUGACCUUCAUCAUACUUAUGGAACACAUUGUAUUUUUGUUUAAAUUUUUAUUGGCCUGGAUGAUACCUGAUGUUCCAAAAGACGUUGUGGAUAGAAUCAAGCGAGAAAAAUUAAUGACUGUCAAGAUUCUCCAUGAAUUUGAGCUCAACAAAUUAAGAGAGGACUUGGGAGUCCAGCCUAGUGAACUUCAGAAGCAUGUGAUGAUUGAGGCAAACAAAGCAAAACAGGCUAAAAGAACAAUCUAAUCAACCUAAUGAGCAAGCAACUGAGUGGCUGUCUCACUUCACUCUUUUUCCCUAGGAUUAGAGCUAGAGACCAGAAGCCCCUCUUUUUUCACUCAAGGUUUAUAUAUAUAUAUAUAUACUUUUAUAUAUAUACUUUUAGAGGCCAACUUGUUGAUGUCUGAAGAGUAUCACUCUCUGCAUCUUGACUGGGCCCUCCCUGGGUAUUGCUGUCUGAGGUCCUAUAAAUGAUUGCUGAAAGUGCAUGUAGAAUCACAAUUUUGGAAAAUCAUGGAGUGUUGCAGAUUAGAAUGAAGCACUGGACAUGGGCUGUUCCAUCAACUUUCCAGUCCUCUGCACAUUUUUGUGGUCUUCUAUUGGGUAGCUUUAUAUCUAUUUCCCAUCAAGAAAAAUGUUGGGACAAAAAGAAAAGGAGCAAAGAGACCUUCUGAGCCAUUCAUAUCCUGUCAUUUUAAAAAUAUGCAAAUGGAAAACCACAAUCAGAUGACUUAAGAGAACUCAUCUCUUAAAAAAUAUGGGAUAAAUAGCAGGGAAAUUGUUCCUGAAAUUGUCCUGUGUGAGUUAAAAUUCCAUCCGAAUUCCAGAUAGUCCUUCCAGGUAAAUACAGAAUUCAUUUUUUCAGGAGACUAAAUUUGUGAGUUUCAGGAAAAGACUAAAUGCUCAGUUCUUAAAGACGGUAUUUCAGUAACAGUAUUUUCAAAACUGUUUAUUGUGUUAAUCUGGAAAACACAUUAGUGAGGUGUUAAAUUGCUUCAAAUCUUCAGGUAAAUGAAAGAUAGUCUAGAGAAGUAAAUAUGUUUUCUUAGUAGUUAAAGAAUGCAAUGCAAUGUAUAGGAAUUAAUUUGUUGACCUUAAUUUAGAAAAUUGAAUUAUUUUUUAAAAUCAUUUUUCUUCUGGAAUGCCUGUUUUGCAUCAUGAAGUCUCUCUGAGCAAUACAUAUUUGUAUACCUUAGGUUUAAGUAAUUUAUGAAAUGUGAUCACUUUGCUUUAAAACAAUCCCAGAUCUUUUAAUGAAUUUACAAUAUAUUUUCUACUGAUGUGUCACCUUAUAUGUUUCUUAGUGCCUUCUUUUUAUGCCAAACUUACUUGAAGUCAUAUUAUUGGCUGUUGAUUUGAUGUUAUGUAACAUCUCAAAUGAAAGCUUCUUUAGAGCAUUUGUUGAUAACAAAAACUGCAGAGUUUAACUCCA